GAGCUGUGUUAUUGGUACCUAGUGAUGGAGGGGACGUUAAUGCUGAGGAUGGAGGGGAGUAGUGGGGGAGGAGAGCUGUGUUAUUGGUACCUAGUGAUAGAGGGGAAGAUGAUGCUGAGAAUGGAGGGGAGUAGUGGGGGGAGGAGAGCUGUGUUAUUGGUACCUAGUGAUGGAGGGGAAGAUGAUGCUGAGGGGAGGUGGGUGGAGGUUACUGCAGUGAAGACAGAGGAUGCAGACACACUUGAAGAAGCCGUAUAUUGAUAUAUUAAUGAUACACUAGCUGAUUGGAAUAUCAGAGGCUCAGUGUAGUGAGAGAUUGGAGGCAGUGUAGAGGGUUAGUGGAGUAAUAGGCUGCUGGUUUAUAUAAAGGUUUUAUUAGAGUGAAUCAGAGCAGCAGACUGGGAUUAUAACCCAAACCAUGACCAGCCAGUCUCAAGGAAUCCAGCAGCUGCUGCAGGCGGAGAAGAGAGCAGCCGAGAGAGUCUCGGAGGCCAGAAAACGUAAGGACACUAUUUAUACAGCUUAUAUUAUAUAUUGCAAUGUAUCAUUAUAUUAUCACCAUGGACUGGGAGACAGUAAAUGGGAAUCUGUUCUAUGCAGCCACGAUCGUUGGUCGUAUCAUGAUAUCUCUGUCUGUCUGUCUAUCAUUGAUAAAUUGUUAUGCCAUGAAUAUAAUCCCUCCCGGCCCCCAGGUAAAGCACGCAGACUGAAGCAGGCCAAGGAGGAAGCACAGGUUGAGAUCGAGCAAUAUCGCAUCGAGAGAGAGAAGGAUUUCCAGACCCAGCAACGCACAGUACGUGGUAUCUUGUCUGUUAGCAUGAAUUAGCAAUUCAAUUGAGCACCACUCGCUGUUUAGUGAAUAAAGCCUCACAGAGUGGCCGUAACUGUCUAUAGUGUGUGUGUGUGUGUUUAUAAAGUGUCUCUAUGUACAGUCUGUGUUAAUCUGAAAUGCCUGCCUUCAAAGUGCUAUAUAUUUAUCAAUUUAUUUAUCUAUCUAUCUAUCUAUCUAUCUAUCUAUCUAUCUAUAUAUCUAUCUAUCUAUCUGUCUAUCAUCUAUCAAUCUAUCUAUCUGUCUGUUAUCUAUCUGUUGUCUUUCUAUCUGUCUGUCUAUCUAUCUAGCUAUCUAUCUAUCUGUCUGUCUAUAUCUAUCUAUCUGUCUGUCUAUCUAUCUGUCGGUUAUCUAUCUAUCUUUUUAUCUGUCUGUUAUCUAUCUAUCUAUCUAUCUAUCUAUCUUUUAUCUAUCUAUCUAUCUAUCUAUCAUCUAUCUGUUAUCUAUCUAUCCGUCUGCUAUCUAUCUAUCUAUCUAUCUAUCUAUCUUUCUAUCUGUUAUCUAUCUAUCUAUCUGCCUGCUAUCUAUCUAUCUAUCUAUCUAUCUAUCUAUCUAUCUAUCUAUCUAUCUAUCUAUCUAUCUAUCUGUCUAUCUAGUUAUCUAUCUAUCUGUCUGCUAUCUAUCUAUCUAUCUAUCUGUCUGUAUGUCUAUCUAGUUAUCUAUCUAUCUAUCUAGUUAUCUAUCUCUGUUAUUUAUCUCUGUUAUCUAUCUAUGUGUUUAUCUACUGUGUGUGUUUCUGUCUCAGAACCUGAUCAAAGGGAGAUCGGACAGGUGCCCACAUUUAAUUUAAAAUGUUAUAGCUCUAAUUAUAAACUCACAUUGGGUGUAGAGAGUGUGCCUAAUUUUAUAACCCCCAAAAGAUCAUUGAUGAGCAGUCACAGCAAUCAAGGGUACUCAUUAAAACCCGAAUAACUGUGUACCCAAAGGAGCACAACCAUUUGCUGCUGUACGGGACCAUUCAGACUGCAAAAUCCAGGCAACGUUCAUGGAAUUCAACAAUGUGCAGACCUUCUAAAUCAGGCACCAGAUGGCUAAAUCCGGACCGCAUGAAUUAAAUCCAAACUAUCAGCCAGCGGGCAAAUAGUAAAAAGAAAAACCUUGGCUGGGCGAUUGUUAGUCAUUUGGUGACUGACCACAUAAAAAAUUAAUAAUAAUAAAAACAAAAACAUUAUUAUAGUGGAGGUAUCGUAUGCCCCCUGUCUCCUAAAUGUUUAACACUGGACAGUGGGCUGCCAUAGCAGGCUGUGAGUUCUGGGAGUCUUACUUUGGGUAUUGUCAUUGCAGAAUGUUCUGUUAGCAGCUCCCACCGGCAUUUUACAUAUUUUGUAUGGCUCUACUUAUUUGUCUGAAACUCCUUGCCUACCUCACCCCCUGUGUGCCUCUUCCCAUCAAUCCUUUUUGUGUAUCUCCUGCCACCCAUUACUCAGAGGCCUAGCCAAAGGUAUCUUGGAUUGUUUUAUUCUUUGUCUGUGCCCUCUGUGACUGUGGGAGUUUUGUGUGGGGCAUGGCUUUGUGUGACGUGGCUGUUUGUGAAGUGGCUGUGUGUAUUAUGGCUAGACAUACUUUCCAAGUGUCCCUAUUUAUGAGGGACAGUCUCUAUUUUGGGUCCUAAUCCCUCUGUCCCUCUAUUCUACCAUAAUGUCUCUAUUUACUAGGAGCUCCAUAUUGUUGAUCUGUUAGAGUGCAAAAAAGAGGUACACCACAAUAAUACUCACAAUAAUAAUAAUAUGUCUUUAAACUACAAUAAAUGUAUUUAGAAAUCAGUCUUUUUAAACAAUAUACAUUGUUCUAUAUUACCCUCUGAUGAACUAAUCGGCGAAACGCACGUCAGGGCGAUUAGGGGUAUCUAACCGACAUUCUGUUACCUUAGAACAGUAACAGCAGAUAGUCUAAGAAACAGGGCGCACAGAGAUAUUUUCACAGAAGUAGAGCAAUUCUUCGAAGUAAGCAACCAGAGAGAAAUAAUAGCAUAGCAUUUAUCGAACUUAUUUCUCAGAGUUACUGAGGAUAUUUUACUAGGACCAAGUUUCCUUCACAACAAAAUCAGUCAGUUCCUACAGGACACUAGAAAGAUUAGCAUAUCUCUGUACGGUUAGGAAGACUGGGGGUUUAGUUACAGUUAUCUAAAACUCUUUGUGCUGAACGAGUGCAAAUUUAUAAUGGUAUUUACCUGCAAUCUACCUCUGCAAUCUGGAAUUCCUUGAAUAAUAAGAGCUACAGCAGCCAGCGAGUUAAAGACUACAUAAAGUGUGCAUAGCACCGUAGGAUUUAACCUUUUUGCCGCGUAGUCCUGAUAUCUACUGAUUGCUAUAGCAUCUUUCUGAUAUUUGAUAUAUUUAUUCUUUAUUAUUUGGAUACGAAAUUGAGCAUUCUUUUUUGUUACCAGUGUCCUGGGAUGGGGGAUAUGUUUUUCAUAAAGAUAAAGUGACCUUAAGAUUGGGGAAUUAUAGAAAGGCGAGAGUGAAUGUACCUCUAAUCCACCUUUCCACAAAUUCGGAUCAGCGGAUUAUAAUCCUUCAAGAUCUCAAACUGAAACUAAGAUGGCGGAUAAAGGAGUCCAAUCCGAGCCAGCGCUUUCCAUUAGAAGACCCUUCCUGGGAAGUGAUAACAAUGUUAGAAACCUAUAGGCCAUCUCUGUGCUCUUUCAUUCCCCCUGAAAGUGGACUCCACUUUUUCUUCAAGAUUCACUCCGAGGGUACGUGGGAGAAGAAGCCAUCCGAAACAAAUAACAGAAUUUAUUUCAAUAUAAUAUAAGUGCUCUUGAAAAAAAUCCAAAUCGGACUGAAAUGUUGACUGUACCGUUACACAAAUAAAGAAAAUAUUGCACAAGACUAAAAGCCCUCUGAGUGCAUUUCUCUGGGAUGUUGUACUGGGGCAUGAAAUAGCACAGAGACAAAAACAGGACAGGAAUGUGAGUUCCAAGCCCAUGUUGGAAAUAUAAUGGGGAUGGGGAGCCCACUACAGGAACCUAUUUGCACAAGCAUUAUGGCAUCAUCCAGUUUGUCUAUUUCAUUCCAAUAUUUUGGAAAUGCAAGCCGUGUAGAAGACAAUGCUGUCAUUUGCUAUCCACCUGAUGGGGAAGUGGUUGAUAAUAAAAAAAAAGACAACAAGGUAGUUGCAGCAUACUUAAAACCUCAAGGAGGAACAAAGAGUAGGAGUUUACUUUCACAAAUGCAGCCAAUUAUGGAAUGGGCUAUGCUUUGCUUGAAAGAUCUGAAAGCGGUUUACCUUCAGGGGAAAGAGAAUACCCUUCUGGACUUCCCAGACCGAGGAGAAUGAAGUUUGCACAAGGAAGUAUUUCUUCAGAUAAUGAAGAAAUGGAUAAAGCCACAAAUAGACCUGAUAGCUUAAUUCAGGAAUUCACAGCCCCCCACAUCCUUUUUGGAGUGGAAAGACCCUCGAGCAGAAGCCUAUCUCAGAAGUGGGUCUUCGAUCUGGCAAAUGUGUUCACACCAAUACCUUUGAUCCACAAAGUACUGAGGAAGAUCGGAAAGGAGAAUUGCACCAUGAUUGCAAUCAUACCUGCCUGGCCGAGAAGGCAAUGAUUCCCUCUCCUACUAUGCAUGAACCAUGGGAGCUGCCAUCAUGCUUCCUCAGUAAUGGGAUCUGUUAAUCCAGGGUCUAGCAGUGCUUCCAAAUCUCCAAUCCCUUUAGUUAGUGGCAUAACACUUAAGAAGAAAAACUUCUUAAAUUCAAAAUUGUCAGUCUUAAAUACGCUUCUUAAGUAAAGAAACAAUUCUACCUCAGCCCCCUAUCACAGAGUGUAGGAAACUUUCAGAUCCUGGUUCUUGGAGAAAGAAAUCAACUUUAAUGAGCCAUCAGUGGCUGAAAUCUUCAACUUCCUUCAAGAAGGCUUGGACAAAAGUCUAAGCCUUAGUAGACUGAAGCUCCAAGUUUCUGCUGUCUCGGCUCUGACUAAUACUAGGUGGAGAAAAAAUCCUCUAAUCAUGAGAUUUUUCAAAACGGUCCUGAAGAUAUGACCUCUCUCAAAACAACUGGACCCUCCAUGGAACCUUCCAAUGCUACAAGAGAUUUGUGGCGGAACAGACCUCGCCACGUGUUCUUGGAGGGGGCUGCUUGCCCGUCUCCUACCUUCUGACUAUGGCCUUGGGAUAUAUGGCAUUUGAAAACACUAUUUGUGCCCUGUGACAAAACUGGAGAUUGUGCACAAGUAUGACUAGUUAUGAUUCCCUUCGUUUGUUGCACUGUUCCCCAUGUGUUUCAUCUGUUGGUUCGGCUGGAUAGACUACCAGACAAACUGUGGAGUUACUGGGUGGCCACCAUUUCAUGUAUCAGAGGCACAUGAUGAGAACAAUGGAUGAAGCACAUGGUGAGAACAAUGGAUGGUGGCCAUUUUAACUCACAGACACUGUGUUGACUUUGUGGUGCAUUUAACAGUAAUUAUUUUUCAUAUAGCCUGUAUAUGUUCUGCGGAAUCUGCAUUAAACCGUAUCUUCCAAACUACUGAACGGAUCUGAGUGAAUUUUUGAUAUGUGGUUCACCCAGAUCCCCCGGUUCCGAGGAUAUAUUUAUGGGGUUAUUGCAUGUUUUGGGGUCCCUGUGAUAUAUUUUAUAACACUGUAUUUUCCUGCCUGUGAUAAUUAAGUUAGUCUAUUGUGUUGAGAUAAUUGUAUCACAGGCAGAGGGGUGGAUUUCUGAUGUAAUGAAUGGGAGUGUUAGCUGUGUUGUAAUGUGUUGAUUGGUUGUUCUUCAAAACCCUGUGGGCAGUACUAUGUUUGUCGAAUGUGAAUAAAAGAGGCUGUAUGUGCCAGUACAGGCAGUUCUACUUCACCCUCAAUUUAGAGUGCCGUCUCUUAUUGGGGGAAUCUGCUGCAAGGGAUUGCUAUGCUUGUCAUACUCCCUUGCUAAAUCACUGCUAAGCUCUUGUAAGAGCUUGUUCCUGUCCUGCUUUCUGAAGGAGUCCACGGUGGUUACGGUGUCGGCUGGAGUGUUUGGAGCCCUCAGGAAGCGCUAGGAGCAUCCUUCAACGGAGGUACCCAGUCGGGGGCCCCGUCGAUCCGUUACAAGAUUCUUUUGGAAGAAAUAGGCAUUAAUAUGCUGACACUUAAAACUCCCUUUCUUGUAGCAAUAACAUCAGCCAGGAGGGUCACAGACCUACAGGCCUUAAGUUCUGCAGAAUCAUAUAUGCUAUUUCAAAAGGAACCGGUGGUUCUAAUACCUAGACCAGAAUUUCUCUCGAAAGUGGUUUCCAGGUUCCAUAUUCAACAGGAAAUAGUGCUUCCAUGUUUCUUGCCUAAUCCAUGUAACCAGGAAGUAACUUUUUGGAGUAAAAUUUAUGUGAUAAGAUGCCUCCAUUAGUCUAGUGACAUCAGAAAAAGAGAUUAUUAAUUCUUCCAUCAGGCAUUAGAAGAGGUGAAGCACCCUCUGUUGCAAUUCAAAGAAUUAUAUAUAUAUAUAUAUAUACACUCACACACAUAAAGUGCUGUUUGUGUGGGUGCUGUGUGUGUGUGGGCACUGUGUGUGUGUGUGUGUGUGUGUGAGGGCGCUGUGUGUGUGUGAGUGCACUCUGUGUGUAAGGGUGCUGUGUGUGUUUAAGCGUGCUGUGUGUGUGAGGGUGCUGUGUGUGUGUUUGUGUUUGUGAGGGUGGUGUAUGUGUGUGUGUGUGUGUGUAAGGGUGCUGUGUGUGUGUGAGGGUGCUGUGUGUGUAAGGGUGAUGUGUGUUUGUGAGGAUGGGGUGCUGUGUGUGAGGGUGUUGUUAGUGUGUGUGAGUUCUGUGUGUGAAGGUGAUGUGUGUGUGUGCUGUGUGUGUGAGGGUGCUGUGUGUGUGUGUUAGGGUGCUGUUAGUGUGUGUUUAUGUGUAAAGGUGCUGUUAGUGUGUGUGUGCUGUGUGUAUGUGUAAGGGUGCUGUGUGUGUCUGUGUGUGUAAGGGUGCUUUGUGUGUAAGGGUGCUGUGUGUGUGAGGGUGCUGUUAGCGUGAGGGUGCUGUUAGUGUGUGUGUGUGAGGGUGCUGUAUAUGUGUGGGUGCUGUUUGUGUGUAUUUGUUUGGAGGGACUGUGGGGGUGGGUGGGGGCCGUUUAGGAAAUAGCCCACCUCCCUGCUUACCUUUUGUAGGGAGGGGGGACCAUGCUGCUGUCAACCCUGGUUGUUCAGUGGUGAGUGAACUCUAGCCUGCGGGGCUAGAGUUCACUCUCACGAGAUCUGAGUGUUGCCGUGGCAGAUCUUUGAUCUCCCUCACCGGCACAUGGACGCACAUAGCGCGGUCCGCGGGGAUCAGGGUGUGCCCAGGCACACCCAGCACACCCCGUGCGCAUGCCUAUCCCUUCUUUGUAGCUUGGGUUGUACCCAUCCGUGAUGCUGCCAUGUUUAGCCAGGAAAGAGGAAAAUGUAUUUCAUACUUACCAUCAUUUUCUUUUCCUGGCUAUUCUACAGGGCAGCAUCACACUCCCUCCCUUCUGAAUUCUUCAACUGUAACUUUUUAAAAGACUGGGGAAUUCAGGGGGAGGGGGCUUUUAUUAACGAUUCUCAAUUAUUUUAUUAUAAUUUAAUCAUUCCCACGCUGACAGCUGUUGAGAAGCUACUCUCUCUCUGAUGCUGCUGUAACCGCGGCUGGUUCCCUUAUUUACCACUAUAAUGUCUUAAAGCAUAGAACUUAGUAGGGCUAACCAUACAGAUAUCUUUUAUAAUUCUUGAAAAAGCCCUCGGAAGAAGGGCGAAACGCGUUGAUAGGGUGCCACUACUACUCAUCUGCUGCAGACCACCUGAGCUUUCGAUAGAAGCUGGACUAAUCGCUAGUGUUUCCCCACUGAUACCAACACGGCCAGCGUUCCUGUGUGCACCAGGCAGCUGCCGUCUCUCGUGAGGAACCGGAUCACCAGCUUUGACUCUACAGUACGAGCAGAUUUGAAAGAAUGUUUUUUUCCUGCAAGAUCGACAAUGAUGAGUAUCAUAUUUUAUACAGUGUAAGAGUUUUUAGUUUGGGGGGGGUUACCCUUUCUUUUGUAUCCUGGGCAAUAAAUUUUGAUACAGAGUUACACUAUGUAUCUUUCUUUGUCUCUCUUUUCUACAUAUCUCUGAGUCCCUACAUAUUGCAACAAUAUCUGGACUUUUUUUUUUUUUUUGCAGGACUUUGUAGCCGAUUUAUAUAAUCUGGACAUUUUUUUCAUGACUUUUUCAUUACUACACACAUCAUUUGCAUAUAAAUGCACCCUUGUUAUUUUUAAGGGGACUAUCUAUUAAGCGCUGAAACUCAUAUUAACAUUUGGACAUUGAAAUUGGGAAAUUUCUUAUUGUUUUAGCCGCUAAUAUUAUCAUAGUACUUUAAGUACCAUCUCUAUUGUUUUAAUUAGACCAUAUAUUGACUAUUACUUAGGUCGUUUAUCUAAUCUAUAUAUGCGCUCUCUUUUUUGAUCUUAUAUAUAUAAUUAUAUACAUAUUAAUAUCAAAUUACACGUAGACUGAUACUGAUUAAAUAUAUAUAUAAUUGGGAGCUAGCGAGCUACCCAAGCAGACGCACGAGCACUGAGCUCCGGGAGAAAUUCACCUACAAAGAACGAAAUCGGCAGUUCCAUAAAACCCAAUUGCUACCAACGCAGGUCGGAACAUAAUGGGACGCAAAUCCAAGCAGCUCCACCACGAGGCAAUGCUGUCCUCUCAAAAUAUCGGCGAUUUACUCAGAGCAACGCCGCGGCCGCGGCCUGCCAAGAUGGCGCCCGCGCGGGAAGCCCCUGAUCACUCCUCAGAUGACAGUAUGGAGGAGGCCGCUGAAGCAAGGAGCACUAGAUGGGAGAGUACCCCACCUCCUGAACAAUUGCCGGCGAGCAAAGCAGACAUCAUCCAUCUGCUCAAGGAGCUUAAAGCUCAAUCAGCAGCAGACGUGGCCCUAAUCAGGGAAGAUCUGGGUGCCAUGUCAGCCCGCAUAAAGGCUGUGGAGGUGAAUGAAGCUGCCACAACAGCCAAAAUUGAAACCCUGCAAAGGGAAAUGGCCCAAAUGAAGAAAACCAGCACUAUAUUAGAAAAUAAAGUGGCUGCACUGGAAGACGCUAAGCGCCAGCGGAACCUCAGGAUAAGGGGGAUACCAAAGGCUGUGCAAGACUCUGAGGUCGCACACUACCUUCGCCGAUUACUAGCCUCUCUGCUAUCACAAGCUAAAGCAAAAUCCAUCUUGCUGGAGUUUCACUUUCGCAUACCCAAGCCACCAAGAGCCCCAGCUGACGUCCCACGGGACCUACUUAUCCGCUUUCAAUCUCUCCGUGGCAAACUACUAGUACAAGAAGCAGCCCGAGAAACUAACACAUAUGAGUUUGAAGGUUCUGAGCUAUCUUUCUAUAAUGACCUCUCUAGGGCAACAGUCACAUGGCGACACUCCAUGAAAGAAGUCACACAACUACUGAGAUCCAAGGGGAUACAAUACAGAUGGGGACCAGGGUGCAGACUCUCUGUCAACAAUGACGGCAAAAGAGUUCACAUCACCCAAGCAAGUGACUCUGUAGCAUUUCUACAAACCUUGGUAAUAUCCCUGGAGGCCACUACAAGCACUACCUCAGCAGCAAAGACAUCGGCGAACAUGUCCAGGAUAUGGGACGUCAAGAGAAUCCAACCCUUUAUCCCAAAAGCGAGUGGUGCUGCGGCCACCCUUCAGCCGAAAACCUGAAUAUCGCAAGCACAUUAUAACUUGGACUGCGUGUCACAGAUGUAGGCCCCUUAGGCUAUCAUCCUCAGACAUUACUCUAUGUCCGCUCCCACUUUAACAAUAUUUCUCCAGCGGGCCCGCCGCCCAAUAGACCACCCGAGAACCGCAUUGCCAUGUACCUCCCAGUUUGCUCAUAACCCCCAAAAGGAAGCUAUCUCCAACAAGCAAAUGUUAAUUUUUCUUACUAAUUUCAUGCAACCACAACUAGAAAUCUAAUGUAUAACUAUAUAUCACUGUACUUAUGCUUUGCCUAGACUGUUAUGUUUACCUGCUACCUGUGACACUGUAUGCAAAGGUUGCAUUUAAAAUGUAGCAAAACUAUGAGAGAUGAUAACUAUACACAUGCUAUGCUACAAUAAAAAAUUAUAAAUAAAAAAAAUAAAAAUAAAAAUAUAUAUAAUUAUUGUUAUACAUAUAUAUUUAUAUAUAAUAUAAAAAAAUAAAUAUGUAAAUACGUUAAAAAAUUAAAUUAAAAACAUAAUUAAAAAAAAUAAUUAAAAAAUAUAUAGAUGUGUGUUAUUUUGUUCUAACUGUAUUGUGAUAUUAAUAUAUAUAUAUUUAUAUCAAAAUACAUGUAGAACAAAAUAAUAUAUAUAUCUAAAUACAUAAAUAUAUACAUAUAUAUCACUAUAUAUAUCUAUAUAUAAAUAAAAAUAUUUAAAAAAAAUUAUAUAUAUAUAUAUACAUAUACUAAUUCUACAUAUAUAUUUAUGUAAUAUUUUUACAUAAUUAGGUAUCUUAGUUAAUUACAAUUAGCGGGACCUGCCUGAUAACCCAUGCCGAAAGUAAAGGGAAUUUAAUUUGCUAGCACCAUAUUUAACCCUAUAACUUUCCAAGACACCAUAAAACCUGUACAUGGGGGGUACUGUUCUACUCGGGAGACUUCGCUGAACACAAAUAUUAGUGUUUCCAAACAGUAAAAUGUAUUACAACGAUGAUAUCGCCAGUAAAAGUGACAUUUUUUGAAUUUUUCACGCACAAACAGCACUUACACGGACGAUAUUAUUGCUGCGAUACUUUUUACUGUUUUGAAACACAAAUAUUUGUGUUCAGCGAAGUCUCCCGAGUACAACAGUACCCCUCAUGUACAGGUUUUAUGGUGUUUUCAAAAGUUACAGCAUCAAAUAUAAGGCUUGUGUUUCAUUUUUUCACAUUAAAAUUCGCCAGAUUGGGUACGUUGCCUUUGAGACCCUAUGGUAGCCCAAGAAUGAAAAUUACCCCUAUGAUGGCAUACCAUUUGCAAUAGUAGACAACCCAAGGUAUUGCAAACGGGGUAUGUCCAGUCUUUUUUAGUAGCCACUUAGUCACAAACACUGGCCAAAAUUGGCUUUUUUUGCAUUUUUCACACACAAACAAAUACUAACGCUAACUUUGGCCAGUGUUUGUGACCAAAUGGCUACUAAAAAAGACUGGACAUACCCCAUUUGCAAUACCUUGGGUUGUCUACUAUUGCAAAUGGUAUGCCAUUAUGGGUGUAAAUUUAAUUCCUGGGCUACUAUACAGUCUCAAAUGAAACAUAACCUAUCUGGCGAAUUUCAAUUUGAAAUGUAACGUGCUAUAUUUGACCCUGUAACUUCCCAAAACUCCAUAAAACCUGUACAUAGGGGGUACUGUUUUACACGUGAGACUUUGCUGAAUACAAAUAUGUGUAUUUUAUUGCAGUAAAAGCAAACCGUAUUAUGACAUUGACAGUUAAAAUGUCACGUAGAACUAAAAAAAUAAAAAAAUUCUUAUUUUCUCCCCUUUUUUUCAUAUUAAAUUAUGUUUCAUAGCUAAAUAUUUGAUAUUAAUUGAAAGCCCUGUUUCCCCUGAAUAAAAUGAUAUAUAAUAAGGGUGGGUGCAUUUACUAUGAAAGAGGUGAAUUACGGUUGGACAGACAUGUAGCGCAAAUGCCAGGUUUUGUUUACAUUUUGUUUUGUUCACAACGUGUACAUUUGGCUCAGUCCUUAAGGGGUUAAAGAAACAUCUAUGAAAAAACAAUAUGCUCCAUUUCUAACACCUUGUUAGUUUGCAAUAUCUCUUAAAGACAAAGUGCACAGUUUUAAGAAAUACAACAUUUCAUUCUAAAACUUGUAAUAUUUAAAUUUUCCCAUAACACUAAUUACAUUAACCCCUUCAGGACGGGUGACGGACGAGGUCCGUCACGCAGGGGAGACCCUUAACGACGGGUGACGGACCUCGUCCGUCACGCGGUAAAAUUAACCCCGGAUCGCCGCUAUCGCGGCGAUCGCGGGGUUAAUGGUGCUCCCGGUAUGCCUCUGCAUUGGAGGCAUACCGGGAGCACCCGGUCAAGCUGCCCAGCACAUGUGCUCGCUCUGACCGCAAGUCGGAGCGAGCACAUGUGCUCUGUAUACUUACCUACCGGCUCCCUGCACUUCCGGGUUCUGUGUGAAGUGCAGGGAGCCGGAUCAGUGCUGAUCCUGCCCCCUGCUGUUAAAAAAAAUAAAGUUUAUUUAAAGUGUCCCCCCCCUUACCCAUUUUAAUAAAAAAUUAACCCCUUCCCUGCCAAUUGAUCACUGACUACAGUGAUCAAUUGGCAGGGAUUACAUUUUACUAUGAUCUGAUUUUUUUUUUAACCCCUGAGGGUUAAUUCUUUUUUUUUAACCCUCAGGGGUUAAAUUAAUUAAAUUAAUUAAUUAAAUUAUUUUUAAAUUAUAUAUUUAGAUAGCUGGGGUAGGUGGAAGUUAGUGGGGAAUUGGGGGAUUUGGCGUUAGGCUAACUAGGGGUUAACGUUAAAAAAGUUUUAAAAGAAACUUUAAAAAGUUAAAAAUUAAGCUUAAAAAAAUGUUUUAAUAACAUUUAAGUAAAAAAAACAAAAAAAACACACUUUACCUAGUCCAAAUAAAAAUUAACCCCUUCCCUGCCAGUCGAUCACUGCCUACAGCGAUCAAAUAGAGAUCACAGUAUUAUACUGUGAUCUAAUUUUUUUUAACCCCUGAGGAUUAACUUUUAUUUAUUUUUUUAACCCUCAGGGGUUCAAUUUAUUUAAUUAAUUAAUUUAAAUAUUUUAUAACUAUAUAUUUUGCUAGCUGGGGUGGGUGGGAGUUAUGGGAAAAUGGGGAAUUUACUGUUAGUGCUGCGUACUGCUAGUUAGGGGUUAACAGUAAAAAAAAUAGCUUAGAAAAAUGUUAAAUCUGUAAAAAAGUUUUAAGAAAGUUUAGGAAAGUUUAAAAAAAAUUUAUAAGCAAAACAAAAGUUUAAAAACUAGUUUUUAAAAGUAAAAAAGUUAUAAAAAGUAAAAAAAUACAUUUUAAAAACGCUCAUUACCACUACACCUGGAACAAACUAGAGAAAAAAGUAUCCCACGCCAAGGUUCAAAAUAUGCCUUUUGAAUUACCCCAGGGUGUAAUCUUUAAUAAAUAGUAUGUGUUUGUGGGGAAGUUUCAAUAACCAACCGUCUAAACUAUUCCAAAUUGGAACAUGGACACAGCGUAAAACUUCAAAGUUAGAAAAAAACUGAAUGGCUGCGUCUCAAAUGCGCCCCUUCAACAUCCACAUAUACCUGGCAAAGGUACAUACGGGGGUAUUGCUGUACUCAGCCGACAUAGCUGAGCAACAUAUGAAGUAUUAUACAGUCAUAGUACACAUAAGGUUUGCAAAAUAUGCUGCGCAAACUCACUUUGUAUGUCAAAAAAGCAGAAAAAAUGCUUAUUACCACUACACUUGGUACAAGCUAGCGGAAAAAUGAUCCCACACUAAGGUUCAAAAUAUGCCUUUUGAAAUACCCUGGGAUGUCUUCUUUAAGAAAUGGUAUGGCUUUAUGGGGAAUUUGGAUUAUAUAGCCUGGUAAAAUACUCUAAAAUGGGACAUAGGCACAGCAUAAAAAUUCAAAGUUUGAAAAAAACUGGAAUGGCUGUGUCCCAAAUGUGCCCCUCCGAUGUCCACACAUACCUGGCAAAGGUACAUACGGGGGUAUUGCUGUACUCAGCCGACAUAGCUGAGCAACAUAUGAAGUAUUAUACAGUCGUAGCACACAUAAGGUUUGCAAAAUAUACUGUGCAAACUCACUUUGUAUGUCAAAAAGGCAGAAAAAAUGCUUAUUACCACUACACUUGGUACAAGCUAGCAGAAAAAUGAUCCCACGCUAAGGUUCAAAAUAUGCCUUUUGAAAUACCCUGGGAUGUCUUCUUUAAGAAAUGGUAUGGCUUUAUGGGGAAUUUGGAUUAUAUAGCCUGGUAAAAUACUCUAAAAUGGGACAUAGGCACAGCAUAAAAAUUCAAAGUUUGAAAAAAACUGGAAUGGCUGUGUCCCAAAUGUGCCCCUCCGAUGUCCACACAUACCUGGCAAAGGUACAUACGGGGGUAUUGCUGUACUCAGCCGACAUAGCUGAGCAACAUAUGAAGUAUUAUACAGUCGUAGCACACAUAAGGUUUGCAAAAUAUACUGUGCAAACUCACUUUGUAUGUCAAAAAGGCAGAAAAAACGCUUAUUACCACUACAUCUGGUACAAGCUAGCGGAAAAAUGAUCCCACGCUAAGGUUCAAACUAUACCUUUUGAAACACCCUGGGGUGUCUACUUUAAGAAAUGGUAGGCCUUUGUGGGGUAGAUUGAAUUUAAAACCUGCGAAGAUGCUUGGAAAUUGCACAUAGGCCCAGCGUCAAAAUUCAAAGUUUGGUAAAAACGGAUAUGGCUUGGUCUCCUAUAUGGCACUGUAGCUUCACAAAAUAGUGACAAAGACAUUCAUUGGGGGUGUAUUUUUACUCAAAAGACUUAGCUGAGCAUAAUUUGGGAGGUUUGAACUUAGUGGCACAUAUGAAAUAUACAAAACGCCCAGCAAAAAUGCAAUCCGUAUGUAAAAAAUGCACAAAAUAAUUUUUUUACCACAUACUUUGGCAUAUAUUGGUGAAAAAAUGGGGGUAUGUCAAGGCACAAUAUGCACCUUAUGAGAUACCCUGGAGUGUCUACUUUUACAAAUGGUAGGCCUUUGUGGGGGUUUUUUGAACAGUCAAACUGUUAUAAUACCCCAAAUGGAAGCUAAGGCUCAUUAAAUCCAUCUCUCAAAAUUCUACUGUGAAUACUGUAAAGGACAGGUCUCCUAUAUGGCACUGUAGCUUCACGAAAUAGUGCCAAAGACAUUCAUAUGGGGUGUCAUUUUACUCAGAAGACUUAGCUGAGCAUAAUUUGGGGGGUUUGAACUUAGUGGCACAUAUGAAAUAUACAAAACGCCCAGCAAAAAUGCAAUCCGUAUGUAAAAAAUGCACAAAAUUAUUUUUUACCACAUACUUUGGCAUAUAUUGGUGAAAAAAUGGGGGCAUGUUAAGGCACAAUAUGCACCUUAUAAGAUACCCUGGAGUGUCUACUUUUACAAAUGGUAGGCCUUUGUGGGGGUUUUUGAACAGUCAAACUGUUAUAAUACCCCAAAUGGAAGCUAAGGCUCAUUAAAUUCAUCUCUCAACAUUCUACUGUGAAUACUGAAAAGGACAGGUAUCCUGUAUGGCACUGUAACUUCACGAAAUAGUGCAAAAGACAUACAAUGGGGGUGUCAUUUUACUCAGCAGAUGUAACUGAACACAAAAUAAAACUUUGUACAGGAAUAGCACACACCAACUUUACAAAAUAUACACGAGAAUUUCUCUGUUAUAAGUUUGUGUGCCAAAAACCAAAAAGAACACAAUUUUACUCCAAUAUUUAGCAGAGGUUGGCGGUAAUAUGGCUACGUAGAAAGUGUCAAAACAACCUUAGGUAAAUAGCCCGUGAUGUCUACUUUAUAUAAAUAUAUACUUUUGUGUGGCAAUUUUGUUUUCUUUUAUGGCUAUUAAGCUUACAAGACAAACAUACCAAAUUCUAAAAUCGCUCCACAUUAAAAUUUAUUUUACUCCUUGUGCUUUGUGACCUGUAACUACCAAAAAAACUUAAAAUCCCAGACACAUUAUAUAUUCUGUAAAUCAGAACAAAUAAAUAAAUUUAUCUUUAAUUACUUUCCUUAACCUGCACUAAUUAUGCACACAUUAUUAUUGCAAAAACUGUAAAAAAAAACAAUAUUUUUCAUUUUUUUUGCAUUUUUCUGUAUUUUUUUUAUAAUAAGUAAGCAUUUAUAUAUAUAUAUGUUAUAUCAAAUUAAAGCCCUUUCUGUCCUUUAAAAAACAGUAUAUAAUAUGUGUCGGUGCAAUAAAUGAGAGAGAUGCAAAUUGCAGUUGAACGCAAACAGCAAGAAAAUGCAAAAAUUGCUUGUGUCAUUAAGCGUAAGUCAAGCUUCUGAAGCUGUGUCCUUAAGGGGUUAAUUGUGAAAUACAUUUUCCUCAUCAGUAAAUAGCCCUGCCUAUGUUAUAACAUGUCUGUGAAUGCUACUCUGGUGUGCUACAUGCCAUGCUAUGACAACUAUAUGCAGCCCCUCAGGGCCCCUGGCGCUCCCUCUGUCACUCUCUCUGCCCCUCCCUCCCCCCCAUUCCUGGCUCUCACACGAGACUGUUCACUAAACGCUAAAUUGUUGGGAAUUUCUAGAGAAUUGCAAAUUUAAGGCCAAAACAAAGGAGCUGAAAUCAUAAUAUUUGGAGACUUUUUCAGAUUUUAUUAUUUUAGCUUUUGAAAUUCCCAGGCGAAUCACUGAUAAUUCAAGGUUUAGUUAAUAAUCCUGAAUGUAUCAACCUGGACAUGUGGGCUCAGAAUUGCUCUAAUUUACUAAACUCCGCUUAGUGCAAAACUGAGCCUAAACUAGCCGAUCUGGAAAUACUCAACUGGUUAUAGCUCUGCUAUUUUAGCCUCUAUUUUGAAAUUUCGAUUUCAAUUCACUACAACCCAGAGUUUAGUAAAUAAGCCUGUUUUACCAUUAAUACAAGUUAAUAAGGUUACAUAGCUGAAAAGAGACUUGCGUCCAUCAAGUUCAGCUUUCCUCACAUAGGUUUUGGCUGUUGAUCCAAAAGAAGGCAAAAAACCUAGUCUGAAGCGCUUCCAAUUUUGCCGCAUACUAGGAAAAAAAUUCCUUCUUGACCCCAAAAUAGCAGUCAGAUGUCUCCCUGGAUCAAGCAGCUAUUACCCCACUAAUUAGAAAUGAUAUCCCUGUAUGUUAUGUUUUUGCAAGUAUUUAUCCAAUUGCUGUUUAAAAAUCUGUAUGGACUCUGAUAAAACAACCUCUUCAGCCAGAGACUUCCACAUCCUUAUAGUUCUUACUGUAAAAAACAACAACUUUUCUUUGCCUUGGAUGAAAUCUAAUUUCUUCCAGCCUAAGCACAUGGCCUCGUGACCUAUGUAUAGCCCUGUUUAUGAAUAGAUUUCCAGAUAAUGUUUUGUACUGGCUCCGAAUAUAUUUGUAUAAAGUUAUCAUAUCCCCUCUGAGGCACCAUUUUUCCGAACUAAAGAGAAUUCGGACCUUUCUUCGUAACUAAAGUGCUCCAUUCCUUUUAUCAAUUUUGUAGCUUGUCUCUGCACUUUUUCUAAUGCCAUGAUAUCCUUAUUUAGAACAGGUGCCCAAAAUUUGCACAGCAUAUUCAAGAUGUGGUCUAACCAGCGAUUUAUAAAGAGGCAAAUUUAUAUUUUCGUCCCGAGAAUUUAUGCCCCUAUUUAUACAUGACAAAACCUUACUGGCCUUAGCAACUGCAGAUUGACAUUGCAUAUUGCUGCCUAAUUUGUUGUCUAUAACAUGUAUGUACGUAGCGGGGAAUUACGAUGCCACAUAAACAUAAAUAACCCCAAUCAACCCCCCCAAUAACGACAGACAACUUAGUAUGGAUGAACAGGCCACACCAUUUAUUAUAACAAAUAAAUUACUGCAUAACACAUCCAUAACUAUUUAUUAAACCAAAUUGUUAGAAAUAAAUAAUCAUAAAUUAACAUAUAUACAUAUAAUAACUCGAACAUAGUGCUAUACAGUGACCCAACCAUCCUUGCCAAUAAACAUACAGUGGUUCCUAAUCACCACUUCCUCUCACCUCCCCCCUCGUCAUAAAAAUCAUAUAUUUCCAAUGCCCGCCAUCAGCCGACCUUAUCCACGCUUGAUGGGCAUGACACCUCAGGCAACCUAAUGUUAACCGUUUGAAGCAGGGGAGGUUGAGACCUGCAAAACAUAAAAACUUAGUCCAUCCUUAAACAUAACCCCUCAAAGUUAAUUGGCAAGGACAUACCCCCGGCUUGCUGUGACUAACUAAAACUACAAAGGGGUGGGCGGUGGGAAGCUGUUUGCUGGCCCUAUCCCCACACUCCUACAUGUGCCCUUGUCCGCUUAGCUGCGCUAUCUCCCCAUGGCCUAUUCCCAAAUCCGUCUCGUGUGUGGUUACCCCUAGUUCACUACCAUUUAGGGUGUAAGUGGCUUGUGCAUUCUUGACCCUGAAGUGCAUAACUUUGCAUUUCUCUACAUUAAAUUUAAUCUGCCAUUUUAGUGCCCAGUCCCCCAAUCUAUCUAAAUCCCUCUGCAACAAAGCAAUAUCCUGCUCACAUUUUAUUACUUUACAAAGUUUUGUGUCAUCUGCAAACACUUAGACAUGGCUUUCAAUGCUUAUUGCAAGAUCAUUUACAAAUAUGUUAAAUAGAAGCGGUCCCAAAACAGAACCCACAUGGACACCACUUACCACUUUUGUCCAGCUUGAAAAUUUACCAUUAAUGACAACUCGUUGUACUCUAUCCUUAAAGGGACACUCCAGACACCCAGACCACUUCUGCCCAUUGGAGUGGUCUGGGUGCCAACUCCCAUCACCCUUAACCCUGCAAGUGUAAUUAUUGCAGUUUUUAUAAACUACAAUAAUUACCUUGCUGGGCUAACUCCUCCUCUAGUGGACCUCUGGGCUCUUAAAACCCAAAAAGUGUUUUAAACGAUGCUGGACGACCUCACGCUAUGCUUAUAUAAUAAUGCUUUCCUAUGGGGAGGAUUAAUGCGCGCACGCGCAUCCUUUGCCACGCAUGCGCAGUAGGUCUCCCCUGUCGGCUGAUGUCUGCGGGAGAGGAGUGUGGGCGAAGCUUGACCCAGCGCCGAGGGACAUUGGCACUGGACUCAGGUAAGUCACUGCAGGGGUUUUAACCCCUUCAGCUACAUGGGAUGGGGGGUGGGAGGGAGAUGGGCACUGCAGGUAUAUGUUUUCCUGGCACUGGAGAGUCCCUUUAAGCCAAUGUUCUUCCCAAGAACAAGAAUAUUCAUCUAGACCAAUUUCUUUUAGCUUGAAGACUAACCUAUUGUGAGGAACUGUAUCAAAUGCCUUGUCAAAUUCCAAGUUGAUCACAUCCACUGCAACACCCUGAUCUAUACUUCUACUUACUUCUUCGUAUAAUGCAGUUUGGCAUAACCUAUGUUUCAUAAAACCAUGCUGAUUAUUGCUCAUAACAAAGUUCUUCCCAAUGAAUUUCUGAAUAUUAUCCCUUAAUAGCCCUUCAAAUAUAUUCCCAGUCACAGAAGUUAAGCUCACAGGUCUAUAAUUUCCAGGCAAAGAUUUUGAACCCUUUUGAAAUAUAGGAACAACAUCUGCCUUCCUCCAAUCUUCCGGUACAAUACCUGAAACAAAAGAAUCUUGAAAGAUUAAAUACAGAGGUUCACUUAUUUCCCCACUUAGCUCCUUAAGUACUUGUGGGUGAAUACUGUCAGGCCCCAGAGCUUUAUUUACAUUAAUUUUCUUUAACUGCUUAGCACCUUGUCUCGAGUCAUCCAAUCACAAGUAAUCUGCAAUUUAUUUGCAGCAAUCAUUUGCAUAUCUCUUGCCAUGGCAUCCUCAUUGAUCUAUACUGAAGAAAAAUAGUUAUUUACAAUUUCUGCCUUUUCCUGGUAUUCAUUAACGAACAGACCCACCUCGGUUUCCAGUGUACCUACACUUAAAAAAAUUGUUGGGGUUGGUUUUGAAUUCUCUGGCUAUCAAUUUCUCAUUUCCUAGUUUAACCACUCACCAUGGCUCUCAAAAUUAGUAUAAAGUGCUUUGUGCAAAAAAACCUAAUGCACUAUAAAUACAAGUGCAAUAGUAAAUUAAAAUAGUAAAGUUACAUUUCAUGCAGCAACCAACAGUGCUUGGCAGCUACAAUCAACUUUUCUCCUCAAGCUGCCUGAUGCCGAGGCCACUAUUUUAUGUCUCUCCCAGCUCUUUUGAUUGACAGGGCUUUAAUGCAAAACUUUGAGCUGCAAUUUAAAUCUCAUAUUCUAUUGGUUUGACACAUUUGUUAAAUGAAAGCCUACGGGGAAAGUGUCCUGGCACCAUAAGCAAGUUGAAGUGAUUAUGGUGCCUAGAGUGCCUGUGUAAAGAUGUCUCAUAUUGUUGUGAUCUUUUUCAGGCCCUGGGAACUCAAGGAGACCUGUCCUCAGAAGUCGAGGCCAGAACACGACGAACUCUGCAGAUGGUACAAAGCUGUCAUGGUAAAAACAAGGAGGUCGUUUUAAGAAGAUUGCUGAGCCUGGUCUGCAAUGUGAAGCCAGAACUCCACCCCAACUAUCGCUUCAACAGCAACUGAGCAAUGUUUCACUUUCACUCACCCGAGACCCCCCCCAUCAACAUGUUUUGAAAAGUGAAAGCAUCUGUUUCACUCUCUGACACAUGGACUGUCUACCGUCUAAUGAUAAAACUAUCCAUGACAAUGUAGUCAAUUGGGGCCAGUAUAACCGUUAGGGCAGGGGUUCUCAAUGUUAGUCCUCAGGACCCCCUACCAGUCCAGGGUUUAGGGAUUACCUGGGUGUGUCUAAGGUGUUUAGAAAAAGAAAAAAAAAACACCUUAGAGUGUAAGGUGUUUUUUUCCCUUUUUCUAAACACCUGAGACACACCCAGGUAAUCCCCAAAUCCUGGACUGGUAGGGGGUCCUGAGGACUGGGUUGAGAACCCCUGCAUUAGGUGAUCUAGGCUAUAAUCUUGGCCACCUAAAUUUAAAUAUUUAGAGAGUGAAAUUUCUCCCCUUUUGCUUGAGUCUUAUACAUUAGCAGACAGACAUUGAUGAUGGAUAUUUAAGUAUUAAUUUGAACCUACUGAUCAGUGAUGAAUAAUCUUUGACACUCCAGCUAUUGAUGAGAAAGGCUCCCAUGAUGUUUGGCUGUGGUUCAUGUUGAAUAAUGUAGUUCACAGCUGAAGUGCCAAAUUUUACCCAUCAUUGGCCUUCAAAGACCUGAGUAUCCCUUAACUUCCAGGAUCUGAUAUGCAAAAUGGACCCAGAGAGUGAUAGAGAUUCCUAAAUUUAGUCCUCAUUGUCACUGCUAUAUUGUAUUGAUUAAUACUGUCUGGUGUUGUUAUUGUAUCUAUUGUGGCAAAUAAAAUAUUAAACAGAAAUAAAGACAGAAGACAACAAAAGAGUAAAGAAUGGUAAUUAUUAAUCUUCUGAAUUCUAAAAUGGGGAAGGGGGGGAGGCUAUCAAUAGAGGUGAUAGCAGGGAGAGGUAAAGUAAAUACUACUUCUGUGCCUUUGAGGGCACCCCUUAACCCAAAAUGCCUGUUACUCCUAAAAGGAUGUAUAAGAAAUGCCUCCCACCCCUAGAAUAGAUAUCAUUAAAGAAAGCCGGAGAUUGUAAUGAUAGCCGUAUUUUCCCUCCAAUUUAUGGGGAGAGGUAUUAGUGAUACAGUGGCUAUGAAGUGUGCUUGUCAGAACCCCUGACGCACAUUUCGCUAAUCUGGCUCAUCAGAGGUCAAUGAUAAGCCAGAUGGGCGAAACGUGUGUCAGGGGUUCUGAUAAGCACACUUCAUAGCCACUGUGUCACGAGUGAGCUCGCGUUCAGCUUAUAAUGGCGUUUACAGAAAUUUACUUAUAUUUCUCCCCAUAUAUUGGAGGAAAAACCGUCUUUCAUUACAAUCCCCAGCUUUCUUUCAUGAUAUUUAUCGAUUGGUUUAUAUUUGCCACUCCACCAGCAAAACAGUUAUAAUGUCUCGCUCUCUCCUGGCAGUGUAUUAAAAUAUAGCUGCCAUGUGGAGGUAGGGCCAUUGAGAGUCCUGAUGGAUGAUCUCUUUGAACAAACCUUUGUUUGGCCUUGAAGUGGAUCUGUCUGAGUUGGCUAGUUUGUUAUCACGUCCCAAACAUUCUUGUCACGGACAGUCCCCGUUUUGUUGGCUGUGUUCCAAACUGCUGUGCACAGAAAAGGACGGCACGCUAGCACAAACAUCGAUCUGGAAACCUCUUGAUUUUUUUUCUGCUCUUUGCCCACUAAUUGGAAGCCCCUAGUCCUUUAUUCUCAGUACAAAUUGCACAUAAUACUCUGCUUCUGUCAUCCAGAUAUUUAGUCACUCUUGACUUCACUUGUGGAAUUCUGAGAUGGGAUAUUGCUACUAUCUCCCAUGAUAGUCCACGUCGUCUGUUUCAUCACUCUCUCAUGUUUUCAUAAUCCUUUGUUGCCCAACGCAUUUUGGGACUUUUUAGCCAUAAUCGCCUAUCCCAACAGUACUCUGGUGACAAAACCUUAGAUGGCAGAUCUUCUAAAGCCAAGUACCUGUUGAGAUGACUUUCAUCAUGCCACACAGCCUCCACUUCUUUCUCCCUGUCCUCCAAUAUUCCCCUGAGACAGGACGAUGUAAGGUUCAUGAGACGGGGAAUGGUCCCACCAAACACUGAUGCGUGAUAGUAGUAUUGGACCUUUUCAAGAGGUAUGAACGCAGUGGAGCGAGGGUCUUGUUCGUAUGGAUAGUCUUCUUUCCUUUGCAAGUAGUAUCCUGAAUGAAGUUGAGCUACCAGGUCUCCCAGGGCCUCUGAGCCAUAACGCGAGACAAAGACCUGUGGAGAUGCAAACAAUGCAUUGGUCAAAUAAGACAAACUAAAGGGGGUUAGACAGAUGAGAUACACAAAGCAAUAUAUG